GAAUGAUUUUCUGUUUGUGGGUUUUUAAGGAAGUAAUGGGUUAUUUUAACAUUUCGAGAAAUGAAAAAAUACAAAUAAUAUAGGGUUUUUCAAUAGGCACACUCGAAGUUCGACAGCGGGAAUACAUAAUAAUAUUGAGUAGUAACACUUCCUAAUGAAUCGCUACAUGCUUAAACGCGUACAAAUUGUUAAAAUUUAUUAUCCUAAUCAAUUCUCUGUUUGCCUAAGUUAACGUAAGUUGCAAACAUUUUAUGGCUUUCACGGCCGUUGUGCACAUUCUAUCACCUAAUAAACAAAUUUGAGACAAUUUAGAGCGACGACAAACCACGCCAGAUGCAACAGGUGCCUCUUCCCACUGGAAGUCACUGUUUCGAAUGGAUUUUGUAUCGGAGGUAUUAUAGGAUGUUUUUUCUUCAAAUAUGCGCAAGGAGUGCACUGUAAAUGAUGGCUGAUAUCUGACAAUGAUAUAUGUCCUAGGAUUGAUUUAAUGGCUCUCUCAAACAUGCGGUGCCCAAAGGACGGCGUCAUAGUACAUACUGUACAAGAAACAUAAAAUUUUAUAAGUCAGAAGUUUAAGAAUUUCUACAUGUCGUGUGGUAAUCGUCUCGUCGUAAUCGAGUGGCCACCGACAUCGUGCAGUUUAACACCACCUGACCACUUUCUAUAGGGUUCCAUGAAAUCUCUAGUAUAUAGUAUACGUAGACAAACCACAGAAAAUACAAAAAUUACGCGAUGAUGACAUUGAUGACACACCACAAUUUUAUUAAGUAUAUGUUAAAAUGCUUUAUUUUGCGCCCGUAUAGCGAAGGGUGCUACCUGAGUACCUGAGUCAAGUUGAUUUAUUUUAGUAAACAUUUUCUAUAAAUAAACCUUUCUAUGUUACUUUCGACUCACCACUGAACAUUUGGCCGCAGCUCGGUAAGUAUUGAUACGAAAUUUCCCAAUGGCAAGGAGUUACAAAAAUUGCGCAUUACUGGCUUAUGACGUUUUUCAGUCCAAUAUCCAAUUUAUUAAUAGUUUGUUAAGGAAAACUAAUAGACAGACUAAGAAUGUUUGUUAGUAGAGGUGAUUAAUUCUGUUCAGAUGACGGCAUCAACAUGCAGUAUUUAUUUUAUAUAUCAAUAAUGACGGUAAGUCUCUGGGCGAGAGUUAGUGGUGUAUACCACGAGGAAACUGUAUUGAAGAUCAAUGCGCCAAAAGGGCUUAAAACAGACGGAUUAUUCGGAUACAGUAUCGCUUAUCAAAAAAAACUACAAAGGUUGAUCGUGAGCGCUCCACGUGGGAAUUCAGUCGGUCAAGUGUUUAGUUGUAAACCGACGAACGGCCCAUGUAAGGAAAUCGUCCUAGAUCACAUAAAAAAAGAUUCCGCUGGUUUCACGGACAUGUGGUUGGGUGCUACAGUCGCAACAGGCAACGAUUUCACCGUCAUGUGCGCACCGAGAUUCACCGAAGAAGCGAAACCUGAGGAUAUCUUUACUAAGAGAGGAACUUUCGGCAGAUGUUACGUUUAUACUGCUUCUUCGGGUAACGUGACACAAAUGAAGAUUUUAAACAUCAAAAACAAAGGGGUUAACCUCUUUCCAUACGAAAAGUACAUGGACUCGUUUGGUUGGGCUACUUACGUUGACAAACACGAUUCUAUAAUGGUCGGCGGACCAGCAAUGCACACAGGUCGAGCGAUAUUUUACUCUAAUGUAACGUCGUAUCCAAAAAUGAUGGCAAAUCCAUUCAGGGUUGCUUACAACUUCGGUUACAGUAUUACUUCAGGACAAUUUAAAUCCACCGAUGAACGCAAGAUGCAAUACGCAAUAAGUUCACCGUAUGGGCUAUACGGUGAAGGAAUGGUGAUUUUUACAAAUGGCGCUGCGCACACGGCUUUACGUAACCCCAGGGAGUAUUAUCCACCGGUUGGGUCUCUGUUCGGAGCGUCGUUAUGUUCGGCCAAGCUCCGCGGAUUGAACCAGAGAGAGGCUUUGUUAGUUGGUGCCCCGCUAUACUUCCAGAAGGAAAUGGUGGAUGUCGGAGCUGUAUACGUAUAUCAAUUCGAUGUGCAAUAUCAAGACGUAGUGCACCAUAGAACUAUAUUGGGUACCGCCGACCGAGGACGGUUUGGGAGUGCCAUUUUGAACUUGGGUGACUUGGAUGGUGACAUGAAAGAUGAAAUAGCAAUAUCAGCUCCAUACGAAGACUCGGGCAGUGGAGCCGUUUAUAUUUAUUCUGCAGUAGAUAUCUUGGCAGACGAGCCAGCUGACAAAGUCCACUACCUGCAGAAGAUUCAAUCAAAGGGUUUAUCCACUCUUGGCUUCAGUAUGAGUGCUUUUCAAGAUAAUGACAAUGGAUGUAACGAGCUAGCAAUCGGCGCUCCAGCAAGUAAUGUAGUCCUGUUUUACAGAUGUCUGACACAAGUUACUGUACAUGUCCAGAAGCUCAAGGUACAUAUGAAUACAGGAAAGCAAAGAAACAACACACAUUUUGAGUUUGAUUUGUGCAUCGUCAUCGAAUAUCCUGCAAAGCCAAAAUCUAUAAAUGUUGACUUAGAAGUAAAGGUAUCUAUUACGCAUCCGACGGCGCGAAUAACCUCAUCAAAUGUCGAUGGGUCGAUGAAGUACAAGAUAUCAACCAGUACUAUGCAAAAGUCAUAUUGCAAUGUUAUCAAAAUUGGAAUGCCUGAGGAAGGCAGUUACGAGCCCGUGAUACAGUAUCAAGUGACGGUAUCGCAGCUGAACCCACCGAUGGGCUUGAAGACUUUUAAUCCUGCUAUCGCGAUGCUCAGCGACCGCAGCACUCUCACGUUGGCAGACACGGUGUGGGUGGCGGACUGCGCCAAUGAAAACAUAUGCGAACCAGUUCUCACCUUCGGAAUUGAAACUUCGAUGCGGGACGGCUACGUGAUCGGCUCGAGUGACAGCGAGCAAAUAUCGGUGACCGUUAAGAAUGCGGGCGACCCAGCGUACACAGCGUGUGCGCGUGUCACUGUACAAGGCGCGCGCGUGCGUCAGUGGCCGGGGGCGUGCAGGCGUGCGCGCUCAGACAGCGGCGUGUGCUCACAUAAUCAGCCUCUGCGAAACAACACUGCCUGGAAUUCGGGUGCCAUUGAGCUGGAGACCAGGAGUUUGAGAAGUGACAAUAAAGUAAUAACCAUCACGGUUGACUUGUACGAGCAAUGUUCAUCAGACUUGAAAACCACUCAGACCAAGGAAAUCACACUGGCUACGGACCCUAACGGAUUGGUUACUAGAGGGAUGGCAAAUCUUGAUGGUGGGAAUAUUUCACUUUCAGCAGUCGAAAUCGAUGAAACUGGGAAACAGUUCGCUCAUGUUUAUACAGUCAUAAACGUAGGCGUAACAACCUGGGUGGAUGUUAAAUCUGAAAUUGUUUUAGAGACGAAACCUUAUUACGAUGGCUUGCAUGUAACGAUAGACUCUGAAGCUGAAUAUAAAUGUAACGACCUUGUUCAAGACAAGAAUGGCCUGUACGGAACGGCUUGUGUUGUCUCCGAAGUAAAGAGCAAACAAAAAUUUGAUGUCAUCAUUUCCAUUUACGUAAUGCCUCAAACCAUUGAUGCGGGGAUGCUAGAAACACAAAACUUAAACCAAACGUCCCACAUACGAAUAACUUACGGAGAAAAACAAGUGGAACAUAGUAUAACGAGUAUUCUCCGGAAGAAGGAAUCUGUGGUGCCUCUAUGGGUGAUCAUAACGGCUACUCUCGUUGGUCUCUUGAUCAUGGCGUUGAUCGCUUUCGCCUUGUACGAGUGCGGCUUCUUGAGAAGAAAAAACAGAGAGAAACUGGAGAAGCUAAAGCGCAGUGUUCACAGGCAGACCAUACGCCGUUCUAUGAUGGACCGCGACAGCAAACGCAUCGUCCACACAUCUGUAAAUUCACAAUCUGAUGAAAAGAAUCUUAUAGAGGAAACUGAUGAUAGCGCAUCAAGUGAUGGACCAUCAAUACCAACAGCUAAAGACGCACCAGCUACAGAAGUAACCGCGCCCACUAAACUAAACGAAUGUGAAAAAUUACCACAAAAUCCACCCAAAACAACGGCCGAAAUACACACCGAAAAUACAAAGAGCGAAGAACUGCCAUCAAAUGUAACUGAUAGCAAAAAAAUCAGGAAAGAACUCAUCAUACUGGGACUACAGAAAAACUUAGGAAGGCAAUAUGGAGUGAAGCCAACUAAGCCGGUAGCAAAAGCUAUGAAUGCGGACGACACAAAUGAUAUGGAAAUAAAAAAAUAAAAUCUUUAGACAAUACUGAUUUAAUUGCUAUAAGUUAAUAAUAAAAAAUAUAAUAUUUCAUUCAUAAUAUGUUUAUGUGUUUCACUUGCAAAACCUAUUUAAUAAUGCACCGAACUUUAGGAAAUUUUGCCAAGCUGAAGUUAGCGAACAGAUCGUCUCUUACCAAUUAAUCGUUAUUUACUUCGUCUCUGGCUCCGUAUAGCAUCUUUUUCUUAAGCUCAAUGUAUGAUAUGCUUUACGCAAUACUCUUAACACCUUGCAUGACCAUACUAGGUAUUCAGAAGUAAAAAAAAUAUUAUCUUAAUAAUAUUGUGCAAUAGACCCAUAUUUUCAUUAUAAAUACAAUUUAAUUCUACCUUACUGACCUUAUCAAGGACAUUGUAUGCACCAAUUUGGCAACGGCAAUGUUUCAGGUUGGAUAGAUAGAUAGAGAUAGCUUUACAACAAACGCAUCUACGAAAUUGCGAUUUUAAAAUUCGUUUCAACGAACAUUUUAUUGGAAAGAACUAACUUUAACCAAGCACAUAUUUCUAGUAUUAUACAGUACUUAAUCACUUGUGUGUUAUCUCUUUCUCACAUAUGAAUCCGUAUAAAUGUGUACAGGACACAUCGUUGAGUUUACCGUCGUUCUUGAAUAUUGACCCGCAGUUUUCGUUGUUCAAAGCGUUGUUGGGCUCAUUCUCCGCCCAAGUGCUAUAGCCAGCUUCUUCUAAAGUCU